AUGGUUUGCCUUUACGUGACUGGAAUGAUCCUUUUUGGACUUCAUUCGGCAAACUCUUUGAGCCGCUUUCCGAAACUGCUCCUCAUAUCAAUGGACGGCUUGAGAUACGAUUCUAUUUCUGAUUAUACAGUUCCAAAUAUAUAUAGAUGGGCUACUCAAAAUACAUGGUUUUUAAGAGGCAUGAGACCACAAUAUAUGUCUAUGACGUCAACAAACUACAUGGGUAUGGUGACAGGCCUCCAUGCUGAAAGUCAUGGGAUCGUUUCCAACGCUUUCUAUGAUAUUGAUAAAGAGUCAGGCAGUAUCGAUUUGAGUUAUACAAAAGAACAGGAUAGUGGAGAAUGGAUGAACCAUGUGGACGAGAUCAUUAGGCUUUUUACGAGAACUAUGGAUCCAGCCAAUUUCGUUGCAUGGUAUAUUGAUGAUCCCGAUAAAACUCUUCAUAAGCAUGGAUUCUAUGAUGGUAAAUUCAUCAAAAUAAUGGCCGAACUCGACAAAGUUUUCGGGUAUCUAAUUGGCCAAAUGAGGAGACACCGUCUGAUCGAUAAAAUCAAUAUUAUACUGGCAGCUGAUCACGGACAUGCACAGAUUGGCGGCGCGAAAAACGUUCUAUGCAUAAGAGAAUACAUAGAUUAUAGCCGAGUACUGACUGGACACAACAUACUUUACCCCACUGAUAAAGCUCUUUUUGAUGAAGUAUAUGAUAAUUUGACAAAAGCCGUGAAUGAUAAUAAACUGAAAAUUAAAAUCUACACAAAAGACACGAAAAUGACAGCAGAUAUAAUCGAUCUGUAUUCGUUGAUGUGUUUUGUGCUCAAAAUUCGUCCCGCUCCAAAUAAUGGUUCACUCCAUAGGAUUGCAAAACAUAUUCAUCUCCGUCGUUACCAUUCAUGGGUGUGGGACCACGACGAGCGAUACGAGUAUAUGCUCCUCUUGCUAGCAUCACUGCUAAUAGUGGCCAUAAUUAUCACAAUAUGCCUUAUUUCUCUGUGGGUGGUUCUCGCCUGGUCAAGAUCAAAGGGAGACCGCGACUAUGAUGAAGAGUCUUCAAAAUCGUCGAUUUCUAUCUAG